UACAAAAUUUUCGAGAACAUUCUCCUUGAUCGAACAACAAUUCAACAGUAUGGCGAAAUUCAUUCGUUAGCGAUCAUGAGGCAGAUACUGGGUGUCGAUUAACUAUAAUAUAUUGUAAAACAAAAGAAAUAUAUUUUUUAACAAACUGAAAUCCUGUACCCAAAGUGAAAAAAACAUUAAUGAACAUAUGCUAGCACAGCUUUGAAAAUCCCGCCAUUAAAUAUAUAUAUAUCUAUAGUGUAUACCUAUUUGUUCAGAAUCAUUACAUAGGUAGUAUCUGCGCUAGCUGCGCAUCAAAGUUUUCAACUUUUCGCUCAGCCAUGAAAAAUAUCGCUUUUUAUUGUACUGUUUUUUUAUUAAUUUACACAAAUGAAAUUUCGGCACCGAAAUCACCACCACCAAAGCGCUCAGCGAGUUCGAAAGAAAAAAUAAAAGCUACUCGAGUUCCCACUGAACCUUCAGAGAUAUUGCCACGUUUAAAAGAAAUAAGUGAACCGUUGGAAAUCAAAGGUGAAGUAGAAAAGGUCCUUCCAACAAAAAAGGAAGCAUUAUGGAUUUCCAGAUUCAUAACAACCAUCACAAAUUGGCUCACAAUAGUAUCUGAAGUUGCAAAAUUAGACGCUUAUCAAAAAUCAUAUUAUGAAUUAGGUGAUGAUGUGUUUGAUGAAUGUAUAAAAGGUGAUAGAACAACUCCCAUUCAAAUGCUUUACCUCAAAGAUGGUUCAGACCCACCAGAAUAUUACGCGUACAACAUUAUACCACAUUGGAUUAGUAUAACUGGCACUGGGCUGGGCAGUGCAAAGCUCCACUUGCUACAAAUUCAUUAUGAAAGAAGUAAAACAGCGAUGGAAACACCCGAUGGUCAGAUGGUUUUGAGAAAAGAUAAAAUUUACGACACUAAAAUUGAAUUACUUUUUCCCUGGGUUUCAAUUCGACUCGAUAACGAAAUUGUUCAAUUUGGUGAAGAACAAGACCCGUAUGAAGUAAUGGAAGAAGAAGGCGUGAUCAGGUUUAACAUAUUCGAUGUCAAGAUAAUCAUGAUCAUGCAAUUGGCAGAAAUUGAUAAAAGAUUCAUAAAGACAGAUCCCAAAACUGGUUUAACGUAUUACUUUCGAUUACCAAAAUUAACAGAUCUACAAAUGUCUGUGAGCAAGGUUCAACGUUAUCAUAAUCAAAUACAGAAGAAAAUAAGUCGCGAAAAAGGAGAAUACGUCGGCAAAGGGAUCAAUAAAGCCAGAGCUGAAAAAAUCAUUAUCGAGCUUACCGAAUUAUUCAGCACUGAAGAAGGUCGUAAAGAACUAUGCGAUCGUUUGAAACCAGUUUUGGUGAACAAAGACGCCGAAGCGAUUAUGACAGCUCCGGAUGUUUUAAGCAUUGCUAAACACGUGGUUCUAGCUUGGGACAAUGUCGUGCCUGAAAUGCCACCAGCGACAUGGACAACUGAUGAAAUAAAAUUAUGGCAGGAGGCUUUUUAUGCCGGUUACAGCACAUCAGAUUUGGUUACGAAGGCGCUCAAUUUUAUUAUGGUUCAUUUUCAAAAUGUACGUACUGGUAAAGACGGAGAUGUCGAUGUUCUUGGAAAAGGACCUCCUAGAGAAUACAACGUGGCUGGUUUGAGCGUACACGAUGUCGGAUUCGAUUAUACGGAAACUAAUUUAGUGGAUACAGAAACCGAUUAAGCAGAAAUGUCGAUCAACAGAUCGUCGCUGGUAAACAAUUCCAAUAAAGC